UAAACAAAUGGCCUCCGCGGAGCUUCCCGGUGAAAACAUGAGAAAUGUGACGGUCCGGUUCGGACUGAAGCGACCGAGAUGCCCGGAAGCAAGCGGAAGUACAACGUUCGAUUCCCCCCGAAGCGCAUCAAGAAGAUCAUGCAGAAGGACUCGGAGGUGGGGAGGAUCGCCAUGGCGGUUCCCGUGAUCAUCUCUCAGGCGUUGGAGAUGUUCCUGAAGUCCCUGUUGACUAAGACCUGUCUGAUAACUCAGUCCAAGCCCAGCACCGUGGUGUCUGUGGCCCACAUGAAGCAGUGCAUCGAGUCAGAGAAGCUCUUCCACUUCCUGAAGGAUCUGGCAGAGCAGGCGACGUCUCCGGCUCAGAGGGACAACAGAGGCCUGAGCAUGUGGCCGCUAUACAGGACCAAACCAAGUGAACCUUCUGUUAAGAAGAAGCCAGAUGUGGUCGACACGGUGACGAGAAGGAGCCUGGACUCAGUCUCCCACGACUCCAGCUCCAGUGAGUCGGAGCUCUACAUCUGUUUAUGAUUGUGAGGAAACAAGAGGAAACUGUUGACGUCAACAUUUAUGUUAUUUUUUUGGGUGUAAAAUAUUUAAGUUAUGUAUGUUUGAUAUUUUCUUGUGAUUGGUCAUGUUGAGAUUUAUUUUCUUCUUUACUUAUCUUUUUGUUUUCCAGUCGUAGAAGAUGCAAACAUGUGACCUGCAGCCACACUGAGCUAAGUGCUAGUUUAGCUGCAGAGCGCCCUCUUGUGGUUUCCAGUUUGAGCGUUUGAUUUUUAAAGCGCUUGUAAAUUAAUGUUUUAAAAAAAGGAAGAAAACAUU